AUGCAUCGUUCAUCGGAUCUCCACUUGGCGGCUGUCGUCUGCUUGUUUUUUGUCACAUCAGUGAGUGCCUUUUUUGCUCCAUUCCUACAUGAGACGGCCUCAUCUCUGAGCGACGACGUCGUGGCCUCAAGUCGCACCAGACGGAAUACUCUACCUCUUAUCACACCGGACGCCCUCAUCAGCGUCGAUCAGCAUACGAACUCGUCGACGAUGUACAUGGUGGAAUUGUUUGAGUCUCUCUACACUGGACAUAAUCUUGUCAACCCAUCCAAGGAAGAAUGCCAAGCCAUUGAGGAGGCGGACACAGUACGGAACUACAUUGGUGCCAUUCAAGAUGUCAAAUCUUCUUCCGACCUUGUGAUGACAUGGGUGACCUCUUUCCCGACGUUUGACCAGCCCGCCAACGAAGCUGUCCAUCUCAGCGAGCUCCGAGUUGAACUCAAUGCCACCUCAGAGCAGUCGCAUCGUUUCGUCAUCCAACUCCACCAGUGGGUCAACGUCUCCUGCGACGACGGCAUGUGUCAGCAACGCAAGCUGAUUCAUUCAAGGGACAUCGACGCUCGCCACGACGACUUCGAUGGCAGGGAGGUGUUCGACAUCACCAAGAUCGUCAAACAGUGGAUCGCAACGACCAAAGACGCAACAUCCCCAAUGGAGUACAGCAUCGAGCUACGCGCCAAAGCACUCAUCGAAUCAGAAGCUGACCACGACAAGAAUGUUCUCAAAGCCCUUCUUGCAGCCGACAUUCAAACAGAAGAUGUCUUGGAUGAUAUCGCACUUGACUCUGACGAUGUUUCGAGCGAAGACCACGGAGCUACCAAUCAGCUCUCCGUUACUGACGUGACGCUCGUCGUCUUUUCUCGUGCCCCUACCUCUCCGAUCAUUCUCUCCGAUGCUCACGGUUCGGUGCGUACCCGUGCUCGACGAUCAACAGAUGAAGCUCGUCGCCGCAAGAAGCAGAAAGAUCUACGCAAGCUUCAACGCGACGAACACAAACACAAAAUGGACGAAAAGCUUCGCUUGGAACGAGAGCAAUCUGGGCCUUGUCGUCGAAUUGAUAUGGACGUUGAUUUCGGUCGAAUCGGCUGGGACGAAUGGAUCAUCUACCCAAAGCAGUUCAACGCCUACCGUUGCGUCGGUACGUGUAAGGGACCUCUUGACAGCCGCGACAACCCAAGCAACCACGCAGUCAUGCAGGACCUGGUUCGACUCCACCAACCCGAGAGACGGACACCUGAACCUUGCUGCGUACCAACUAUACUUCGACCACUCAGCAUGCUGUACUUCGAGGAGGGAGCAGUCUUGGUUCGACAUCACGAGAACAUGAUCGUAGAGGAGUGCGGUUGCCGGUAA